GCCAGCCCCUCGCCGCCGCUGGGCUCGGUGGCUUUUUUGGAAACUUGCAAAUGUUUUCGAAGAGAGGGAAGGGGGAGGGGACCGAGGGAGUGACCGAAACCGAGCUGGUUGGGGCGGCUGGAAACUCGGAGGCCAAGGCCGGGUUGAGGGGAAGCUAGAGACGGACCGAUCGACCCGUGGACCGACAGAGCAUCGUGGCCGCCGGGCGCGCUCGUGCAGGGCGGACGCAGGGCGGGGCUCAGACCGAGGAUGGGUAGGGGGUGCGGGAGGCGGUUGCUGGGGGCCAGGGGCCGAGGAACCCGGAGCUGGCGGCCGCAGCUGCGAAGGGCUCAGCACCGCGGCAGCAAAGUUGGAACCGCGUCCUGGAGCUGCAUGCCCCGCGCGGCUCCAAACGCGCCCCCUGCCCCGCCCCGACUCCCCUGCCGCCCCACGCCGCCGAGCUAAAAAUAACAGCUCUGCUCGCCCCCCGCAGACCGCGACCCCGACCCCUCCCCCGCCCCUCCCCCACUGGGCGUGGGGCGAAGCCACAGCUCCCAGUUCCCCCAAAGGAAAAAAAAAAAAGGAAGAAAAGGCGGCGCGGGAGGGGGGCGAGGGGCGGGCCGGGGGCGGGGGGCCCGGCCAUAUGGAUGUGAUUUCUCCGCUCCAAGGCAGACGGGCCGCUCCGCAGCGCUCGGCGCCCGCCCGCCCGGCCUUAGGCUGCUACCCGUCCUCCCCUCCCUCCCUCUCUAUUCCAUCCCUCGCUUGCUCGCUCACUCACUCGCCCGCCCUCGGCGCAUGGGCCCCGCGCCGGGCGCCGGGGCCGCGGGCCGCCCGGACGCCGGGGUCCCCUAGGCCGGGACGUGGGCGGGGCGGCCCGGCCUGACGCAGCUCUGCACCCCCCCUUACCCCAGGGUCAGCGGCGGUGGCUGCCCCGAGGGACGCGACCCUAGGCGGUGGCGAUGGGGGCCGCCCGGAUCGCACCCGGCCUGGCGCUCCUGUUGUGCUGCCCCGUGCUCAGCUCCGCGUACGCACUGGUGGAUGCGGACGACGUGUUCACCAAAGAGGAACAGAUCUUCCUGCUUCACCGAGCCCAGGCCCAGUGCGACAAACUGCUCAAGGAGGUUCAGCGGAGGCCAGCUGACAUAAUGGAGUCAGACAAGAAAUGGACGUCUGUGUCCACUUCAGGGAAGCCCAGAAAAGAGAAGUUAUCCGGGAAGCUCUAUGUCGAGUCCAAGGAGGACACGGAGCUGCCUGCGGGCAGCAGGCACCGAGGGCGCCCCUGCCUGCCGGAGUGGGACCACAUCCUGUGCUGGCCGCUGGGAGCUCCUGGCGAGGUGGUGGCCGUGCCUUGUCCUGACUACAUUUAUGACUUCAAUCACAAAGGUCACGCCUACCGACGCUGUGACCGCAAUGGCAGCUGGGAGCUGGUGCCAGGGCACAACCGGACGUGGGCCAACUACACCGAAUGCCUCAAAUUCAUGAGCAAUGAGACUCGUGAGCGGGAGGUGUUUGACCGCCUGGGCCUCAUCUACACUGUGGGCUACUCCAUGUCGCUGGCCUCCCUCACUGUGGCCGUACUCAUCCUGGCCUACUUCAGGCGGCUGCACUGCACACGCAACUACAUCCACAUGCACCUCUUCCUGUCCUUCAUGCUGCGUGCCGUGAGCAUCUUUGUCAAGGAUGCUGUGCUCUACUCGGGCUUCACGCUGGAUGAGGCCGAACGCCUCACCCAGGAGGAGCUGCGCCUCAUCGCCCAGGCGCCCCCGCCGCCUGCAGCCGCCGCUGCCGCAGGCUACGCGGGCUGCCGGGUGGCUGUGACCUUCUUCCUUUACUUCCUGGCCACCAACUACUACUGGAUUCUGGUGGAGGGGCUGUACCUACACAGCCUCAUCUUCAUGGCCUUCUUCUCAGAGAAGAAGUACCUGUGGGGCUUCACGGUCUUCGGCUGGGGUCUGCCUGCCAUCUUUGUGGCUGUCUGGGUUAGUGUCAGAGCUACCCUGGCCAACACCGGGUGCUGGGACUUGAGCUCCGGCCACAAGAAGUGGAUCAUCCAGGUGCCCAUCCUGGCCUCUGUAGUGCUCAACUUCAUCCUCUUCCUCAACAUCGUCCGGGUGCUGGCCACGAAGCUGCGGGAGACCAACGCCGGCCGGUGUGACACGCGGCAGCAGUACCGGAAGCUGCUGAAGUCUACGCUGGUGCUCAUGCCGCUCUUUGGUGUCCACUACACCGUCUUCAUGGCCAUGCCCUACACCGAGGUCUCAGGGACGCUCUGGCAGAUCCAGAUGCACUACGAGAUGCUCUUCAACUCUUUCCAGGGAUUCUUUGUGGCCAUCAUAUACUGUUUCUGCAAUGGCGAGGUGCAGGCUGAGAUCAAGAAAUCCUGGAGCCGCUGGACACUGGCACUGGACUUCAAGCGCAAGGCGCGCAGUGGAAGCAGCAGCUACAGCUAUGGACCCAUGGUGUCCCACACAAGCGUGACCAACGUGGGUCCACGUGCUGGGCUUGGCCUGUCCCUUAGCCCCCGUCUGCUGCCCGCCGCCACAGCCAAUGGCCACCCGCAGUUGCCCGGCCAUGCCAAACCAGGUGUCCCAGCGCUUGAAGCCACACAACCUGCCAUGGCUGUUCCCAAGGACGAUGGAUUCCUCAAUGGCUCCUGUUCCGGCCUGGAUGAGGAACCCUCAGGGCCAGAGCGGCCGCCUGCCCUGCUGCAGGAGGAGUGGGAGACAGUCAUGUGACCUGACAUCCAGGGCUGGACCUGCUGGUGUGGCAGAGGGAUGGACAACUGGACCAAAAGACAUGUGAUUGGGUGGCUGCCAGCUCAGGGCUGUGGCCAGGAGGAAAAAUAAGAAAAAAAAAAAAAAAAGGAAAAAAGAAAAAGGAA